CGGCGGUUCAAAGUUAAGGUAGGCUGCUCUGUCCAUGUUAGGCCUGUAGCGUAUACUAGUAGAAAUAAAUUAAGUAGCAGUUUAUAUUUUUACCUAAGUUAUAAACGGUACUGAAUGUUUUACCAUUAUAAAUGGUAACAACUAAAUAGCCACAAUGAUGUUCUACACGCAACUGUUCAUGUCAAAGCGUGGGCCUCUAGCCAAAAUAUGGUUAGCAGCCCACUGGGAGAGAAAGCUCACCAAAGCCCACGUAUUUGAAUGCAAUUUGGAAACGACCAUCAGAGACCUAAUUUCCCCAAAGAUGAAAAUUGGUUUGCGGACAUCUGGUCAUCUGCUCCUUGGUGUGGUGAGGAUCUACUCCAGAAAAGCAAAGUAUCUCCUGGCAGACUGCAGUGAAGCCCUGAUUAAAAUUAAAAUGGCAUUCAGGCCAGGUCAGACAGAUUUGCCUGUGGAAGGGCUCGAGGCCACAAUCAAAGCAAUUACCUUGACGGAAGAUUUUGCUGACUUUGAUUCCCAGCUGCCCCACCCCAGUGACAUAGAUCCUGUGGACCACUUUUCACUGAAUCAGAGUCGAUCAGAAGAAAUCACUCUGAAGGACGAUUUUGGAAAUGACUUUCUGAACUCUAUAGACCUCGGAGAAGAGUCCCAGGGCCACGGAGAUGCACUGCUGAAUAUGAACUUUCAGAGCUUGACACAAUAUGGAGACACAUUUGGAGAUGAGGAUCAAGGAUUCGACCUAUUUGAUUUUUUUACAAACACCAGUGAUCCUACCAACUUCAGUCUUGAGGAGCCGCAGAAUGAAAAUCUAGAGGACUCUACACUGAAUGAACAACAAGAUGCUGACAGAAGAGAUCCCAUGGAGGUGGCGACCCCAACUCUGAAUGACACCACCCUGCUUGCUAAUGAGGAGGCCUUUGCUCUUGAACCUGUGGCCAUCACACCAAACUCUGAGAGAAAGAAAGGGAAGAGGAAACGCAAGCUGGUGGUGGACCAUGCUAAAGAGCUGAGUAACGAAGCCAUCAGAGAGCAGCUGUCUGACUUUUCAGACCUGCUUGUUCCUCUGGACAUUGCCCCCCCGACCGUGGAGCUGAUGCAGUGGAAGGAGAGAGGGAGUGCAGACAAACUAUUUGAUCAGCCAUGUUCCUCUGUGAUGACCCCACAGAUACAGGAGCUCUUUGCCAGAAGUGUCUUCCAGGUGAAAUAUCAAAGUGUGUGUGAGGAGGUGGAGGAGAUGCGGCAGGAUGGACAAGAAGCUCCGAGAGACCUCAGUGCCUUCACCACAGAUAUCAGUGUCGCAGAUUCAUCAAUGGAUCCUGAAACAACACACAACACUGAGCUGACGGUUCUUGAUCACCUGAACCAACAGGAGAAUUACUCACAUCUCACUCAAGAUGAAAACAGGUCAGAGUUCACUCAUCCAGAACUUCCCUCAGAGGACUCCAUGUUUGUCCAUCCAUCUUACUUGGAGCAGGGAACUCAGUCAACCUCCCUCCACACUCAGUCUCUGCUGGACAGCCAGGACUCAGAGGAGAGGAGGAUAACAAGGCGAGCACAGAAGCUUCUGACUGCUCUAAAACAAAUCCAGAGUGACGUUGACCCUACCUUCAGCCUGGAGGCACUCUGUAAUGGAACAAAUCGUUUGCAGGCUGCAACCACUUUCUUCUGUCUGCUGGUCCUGAAAAAACAAGAAGCCCUCAACCUGCAGCAGAGCGCUCCCUAUGAGGACAUCUUGGCCACACCAGGACCCAAGUUCUACACUUAGUUAAACCGGACUCACCUUCAGUCCUGGAUCGACUGGCUCUGCCUCGUGUCUGUUACUGUGUCAGGGUAAAGCGAAGUAGAGACAAGUAGGUUUCUGGGGUAUGUGAUAAAAAAAGAAUUAAAAAAUGUUUGUGUGUAAACACUUGUUGCUUGUUCUCAAGGUGGUUUGUAUGAAGGAACAUUUCUGCUUAGACUCCUUGUCAGACUUAUUGUAAAUUUCAAAUAUUUAACAUCUGAUCUUUUUUUUAUAUGCAAAAACAUUUGAAUUUACUUAUUUAUUGUAAAUGUAUGUUGACAUCUUCUCAAGACACGCAGCACUUCACCUUCCUGCAAGUUCGGUUAGAGUUUAACAGCAGUUUUGUUUUAUAGACGAAAGAAAAUUUGAUUGACCAGUUGCUAUGUUUUUCAUUACAGAGUAUUAUUAACAUGUUGGCCAUCAACAUUAUUUAACAGCCCUCUGUUUCAGUGUGUAACUAAUACAACUUAAUAUUUAAUCUGUUUGUAUAUAUAUAUAUUAAUGUUUUAGAACAGUAGUUUAAAUGCUCAUGUCAAUGUGAUUAGCUGUUUUACAUCAGCUUGAAUCUAGAAAACUCAGUACUUCCUCCAUAACAAAUUGGGGGCUAAUAAACUUCUGAGGCUAUAUUGUAUUUAUUUCCAUUUUUCUGUACUAGCAUCUUCAACAUGAUUUGUUUUCUCUUUUGAACACCGAACUUUAUAAGUUGGUUCAUGGUAUAAAUAGCAUUGGGUCAUAAGCUUUUGAGCCACAUCUCUGAACCUGUUUGUAUGACUCAUGUUACUGGAUUGUACUAAAAUAAAUGGCUGCCCUGGUUUUA